AUGGCCGACUUAAACCUCCCCGUAUCCGACGCCACGGUGCGAGUACGUAUGGUGGACACGACUGGGGUGAUGGUGGUGAAUGCCCAAUCGUUCAUCGAGCCCGUGCAAAGGGGCCACGAGUUCCUGAAUCUCUAUGUGGCCGCAUUUCUCAUCGAGCACCCCACAUCUGGGCGCAAGGUCAUGUUCGACCUGGGCGUGCGCAAAGAGUUUUGGAGGCUUCCAGCUGCGCUGCAGAAGCGGCUAGGGUUUGUCAUUCCGGCACUGAGGGUUGAUAAAGACACCACGGAGAUACUGCAGGAGAAGGGCAUCAGAUUAGAUGAGAUCUCGAGCGUCAUAUGGUCGCAUUACCACUGGGACCAUACAGGGUCCAUGGAGCUCUUCCCCAAGUCUACUCAGCUGGUGGUUGGACCUGGUUUCAAGAAGUCUCCGAUCCUUCUGCCUGGCUUUCCCCACAAUCCCGACUCGCCUAUAGAUGCCGCCGCAAUCAAGGACCGGACGUUGACAGAGGUUGGGUUUGAGAAUGGUCUGGAGAUUGGCGGAUUCCGGGCCCACGACUUCUUUGGGGAUGGGUCCUUCUAUCUACUUGACACACCAGGACACUGCCUGGGCCAUAUUUGCGGCCUUGCACGAACAACUGGUGGCCCGGAGAGCACAUUUGUGCUGCUGGGAGGUGACGUAUGUCACUUUCCAGGGGUCUUCCGGCCCAGCCCUCAGCAACCACUUCCAGCGACGAUCCCCAACGGUGUUCUGGACAGCGACACAUACUUCCCAACGCCCUGUCCUUGUUCUCUCUUCGCGGACGUUCACCCGAUGAAGGCAUGCGCCAGCGUGGAUGCUCCAGCCGACCCCCGAGCCUCGCCUUUCUACCUGAUACCGACCAACUCAGCAGCUGCAUACAUAGACCCGGUGGCCUCGCAGGGAUCCGUCGACAAGUUGGUGGCCUUUGACGCCAGUCCCUCGGUCCUGAUCUGCCUGGCUCACGACGAGACUAUGUUGCACAACCUGCCGACGCUCAACGAGAGUCCAACCGACGACUUGAAUGAUUGGCAGAAGCGUGGGUACAAGAAGAAGGUUGCUUGGGGGUGGCUGAACAGCCUCCCGCGCAACGGAAAGCCUGGAAGGGAGAUGGCCAUUCAGGGGUUCUGGCGGGACGGGAAACCGUGGCCUGAGGCGAAAGAGGUGUUGCAAAAGAACGGAGAACAGGCUUCCAAACUUACUCUGUGA